AAGAAGCGUAACAGGAAAAGUAGCAGAAAGAAGACUUUGUUAGGUAAAAAUUCAGGAUGAAUACCAAUGAUUUAAACCUGACCUUUUUUUAUACAACUCCAGGUCACAGGUCAUAUUACGAAGACUAUGGAUACGUGUCGUAUUCUUAUACCAAAGCCAAGUUACUAAAGAUUACAGUUACUUUAUACAGCAUCUUUUUUGUUCUUGGGAUUAUCGGUAAUGGAUUAGUCAUCUGGAUUGCUGGAUUCAAGAUGAAGAAAUCAGUCAGCUCUGUUUGGUUCCUCAACUUGGCCAUUGCGGACUUCUUCUGCUGUGCUUCUCUUCCUCUGCGCAUUGCAGAGUGGAUUUACCUCAUCAUGUAUGACCAAGAUAGUGCAAUGAAUUGCAUAUUAAGCAUCAUUCUGUUCAAUCUAAACAUGAGCGCCAGUGUUCUUCUCUUAGUGGCCAUGAGUAUUGACCGCUUUGUAUCCGUCAUGUGGCCAUUUUGGGCUAAAGUUCAUAGGACACAAAAACUAGUUAGAAUCACUGCGGCAAUCAUUUGGGUGAUCAGUUUGCUCUUGACUGGUUUAGUGUUUUACUUAUACGGGUUGUAUUUUCAUGACUUAAGUGAAUGGUGUGCCCUGGCAUUUUAUUAUAUAUUUCACAAUAUCUAUAUAAUAAAAUGGACCAUUCGAUUAUUCAGGUUAGUUAUGAUGUUUGCAAUCCCCUUUCUCAUCAUCUUUAUCAGUUAUGUUAUCAUUUAUAUCAAAGUUAGAAAAAGUAAGAGAUCCCAGAGAUCUCGGAGACCCUACAGGAUCAUCACCGCUGUUAUAUUGUGUUUCUUUCUGUGUUGGUUUCCAUAUUACAUCUGGCCACUGAUACCAAUGUAUAAUAGACGUAACCUUCAAUUCUAUACAGUAAAUAUAAUCAUCAUCAACCUGGCUUGUCUUAACAGUUGCAUCAACCCAAUUAUUUAUGUUUUAAUUGGUCAAGUUUUUAAACCUGGUUUUCUGAGAUCUAUCCCCACCAGGCUAGAAAAAGCCUUAAGUGAACAUCCUAAUGAACUAUGCAGAGAACGAGAGGAUUGCGAACCUACUCAAAAUUUGGAUGUUUGA